AUGUCGAUUAGCCGCAAAUUGGUCGAAGCGGCGUUAGGCGAGGUAAAAAAGAAGUUUGUUGGAGUAAUAUGCUCGAAAUUACCUCGCGAUGGUCCAGAAUUUGAUAUUCUACAAUAUAGAACGAGAAAUUUAUUCGAUAGCACGGUUCUUGGAGGAAAAUAUUCAAGAGCGGCGCUUUGCGUAGAAGCCACUCGUGCUCUUCAGCCGCAUUUAAAACAAGGAACACCGGAAUUGAAUGCGGUCGUCGAAUCAGCAUGCACUUUGGAAAUUAUUCAAAGCUUCUACCUCAUUGUUGAUGAUAUUAUGGAUAAUUCGGAAACAAGGAGAGGCAAUACCUGCUGGUAUAGAAGGGAAGGUGUCGGAAUGAGUGCUAUCAACGAUGCUUUCAUCAUGGAUUCCUGUGUCGAGGAUCUGUUGCGAAUUACCCUUGCCGGUCAUGUCAACGUCGAUCGGUUAUGUGAAGCUUAUAGAAAGUCGAAGCAAAUGACCUUAAUCGGACAAGCUUUGGAUACUGCUUCUUCUAAUUCCGUAACAAGCUUUAAUUGGGAUAGAUACGAACUUCUCGUUCAACACAAAACAUCGCAUUAUACAGUAUUCCAUCCACUCCAGAUGUCCCUUUUAAUGUCGGAUAUCCUUGGAUAUCACGGUUCUGUCAAGAAAGUCGCUUAUCAAAUUGGAUUCCUUUUCCAGUCUCAAGAUGAUUUUCUCGAUGUUUAUGGGGAUCCAAGUGUUACUGGAAAAGUUGGAACCGAUAUUAAGGAUGGAAAGUGUAGUUGGCUGGCAGUGAGAGCGGUGCAGAAGAUUGUCGAAUCACAAGACCAGACACUUUUUGAAAGAUUCAAGAAGAUAUAUGGGACACCGGACGAGGAAAAUGUGGCUGAAGUUAAGGAAUUAUUCGAUCGACUUAAGUUGGCCGAUGAAUUUAGACGUUUCGAGACCCAUUUUUCUAAACAGAUAAAACAGAGUAUAUCCGAAAUUCCUGAAGUGAUUUCACCGCUUCGCACCGUUCUUGAGCAAUUCGUCGACAAACUAGUCAAACGGAAACAUUAA